UGACCGGUGACCCGCGACCUCUGACCUGUGCACAGUGACCCCGGACCGCCGACGGCGGUAGCCGCUGCGCACAGGAUGGGACCGGCGGUGACCGGAGCCGUGGCGCUCGUGCUUCGCGCUUGUGGCCGGGACGGCGGCAGAACAGAUCCUCCACAACCUUCACCGGCACAUGACGGAGAGCGAGCGACGCCACUUUCUGGGCUCCAACCAGGCCGAGUAUGAGGUCAUCUAUAUCCACCAGACACGAGCGCACGGCAACAGGAGCAUCCACAAGCGAGACGUGGAUGCCGCCGGGGACCUCGUGUUCGAGGCGUUUGGAAGGCCGUACAACCUACGCCUGGAGCGCAACCGUCACCUGCUGAGCGAAGUGAGCCGUAUCGUGCGCCGUCUGCCGGGCAACGUCAGCCGAGAGCACGAGCGCGCCGGCGGCGACUGCCACUUCCUACACGCGGGCCGCAACCUCACCGCCGCCCGCGGGUUCGUGUCCGACGGUGACAUGCUGCUCGACAUCGCGCCGCUCACGCCGCGACUGAAGCACCUGGUGCACACGCACACCAAGCGCUCCACGUCAGCCGGCUUCCCGCACCUGGCGCGCCGCUCGACGGCCGCCGAUGUCGAUUCCUUCGUGCAGAGCAUCGACAUCGGCAACGACUUCCUCUUUCCGCAUGAGAUAAGUCCAGACGAAUUCAACAUCAACGAUGACUUUUUGGAUGUAGGAGAUGCCCUGAAGAUAAAAGUUGCGCCCGUGGAGCUGGGCGAGGACCGCACCCCGACGGUCAGGGGCCGACGCAUGAUAGAGCUCGGCCUCUUUGUGGACAAGGCUGCCCGAGAGAUCUUCCUGCCCUUCUUCGACAAUGACCUCAACGAAUUCAUCGACUUUAUUCUGGGCUUCAUCAACCAAAUCCAGGCGCUAUACUAUUUGCCCAGCCUUGGCACAAAGGUGGACAUCAGCAUCAACUACCUGGAAAUCAUGGAGACGCAGCAGAUGAGCCAUUAUGACGGCGAGAGGUCCCAACUGCUCACCUCCUUCUGCCGCUACAACGCCCGCACCAACGAGAAGGCUGCCGGACGCAAUAGCUGGGACAUGGGACUUUACCUCUCCGGGCUUAACUUUUUCGAGAUGGUGGGUAGCCGUCGCUCUCCGGUAACCAUGGGCCUGGCGGUGAUCGGCGGCGUCUGCUCGCCCAAGUACUCGUGCGUUAUUGGUGAACUGGGCACCACCAACGAUCAGGGCAAGCCGUACCCGUCAGCCGGCUUCACCGCUGCCUAUAUCAUGGCGCACGAGAUGGGCCACAACCUGGGCAUGUUCCACGACUCGCAGCGCAACGCGUGCCCCGCCAACGGCUACAUCAUGUCACCGAGCCGCGGCACCAAGGGCGAGACCACCUGGUCCGCCUGCAGCCGGCAGACACUGCGCAACAUGCCUGAAAAUUGCUUAAAUGACCUGCCGAGGAAGAAGGCCGUCCAAAACCACCGGAUCUUUCGCGAGAUGCCUGGCCAAGUGUAUGACGCCUUCGACCAGUGUCAGCUGCUGCUGAAGGACAGGGAUGCCGAAAUCUUCAGCCCAGACGACCUUUACAACGUUUGUGAGCGGGUCAAGUGCAAGUCCCCGCACCGGAUCGGCUUCUACUACGCCGGCCCGGCUCUGGAGGGGACGUUUUGCGGGAUGGACAGGUGGUGUGUCAGCGGCAGCUGCAGAGCGUGGUCGUCGCCGCCGCCGCCCAUCAUACAGGGCGGCUGGAGUGACUGGAACAUCUCCGCGUGCACCUCAGGCUGCAUUGAGAAGGCCACCGGCAUUGCCAUCUCAGAGCGUCGCUGCGACAACCCGAAGCCACUGAACACGGAGAAGCGCUGCCCAGGUCCGUCCACCAACACGCAGUUCUGCAACGACCAGGCGCUCUGCAGCUACCGCCUGAGCGUCACGCAGUACGCUUCGCAGAAAUGUCGGGAGUUCAGUCAGAUCGUCAAGGACCUGCGAGCGGACGGCGAGGGCACCCAGGUGCCGCACUCCGACCAUAAGCCAUGGAGCGCCUGCUCCAUCUAUUGCCGCCUGAACAGCGGCACCUGGUACACGCCACGGCAGGACCUCAACGACAGAGGGGUGGACGCCUACUUCCCGGACGGCACCUGGUGCCACAACGACGGCUCGCGCGACUUCUACUGCCAGCGGCACGAGUGCCGGCCCAAGGUGGCGGACCCGCCGCUGCCGCCGCGGGAGGCACGCGCCAUUCCGUCGGCCGCCGCCUGGGUGACGACCACGCGUGCCCCGCCCACCGCCACCACGCCCUUCUUCCGGUCCACAUACCAGCCCGAGAGGACGACGCGCCGGCCGGACCGCACCACCUCCCAGCCCGCGCGCACCACCUACCGGCCAUCGAGCGAAGCAGAGUCUGGGGAUAGGUGGCAGCAGCAGCGGCCCGCCAGGCCGACGCGCUUCCCGCCGAGGCCGGAGCCGACCGCUUGGGCGCCAGAGGCGCGGCCGACCGCGUGGCCACCAAACAACGGUCUCGGCCAGGUGGGCGACCGCUGGCUG